GCAAGAGGUCAGCGGGAAAGUGCGCCAGGCAUUGAAUAAAAACAAAUAAAUAAGCCGAACCUAGAUUGAGUACAAUGGCUAAGAAGUGAGAGACUACAAUACGAAAGUCUAACAAGGCCAUUCCGAAAUUUCGUUUUGCCUAUCCUCACCACCUUUUCCCUCCUACAUAGUGGUAACACACAUCUUGAAUUCGAGAUGGGACGGAGCGAGUUCAGUAUGGAAGACAAUCCUGGGCGUAAGGGGAAUGGAGUCUACUGCAGUCCAGCCGUGCUCGUGUUCUCUAUCAUUACUGUGGGUGUGAUGAUCGCUGCAACUGCCCUUAUGACAUACUACAUCCCACGUUCACUAAAUAACGACAGAGCAACCAAGGAACCUAUUGUCCAGUUACCUUCGACGACUGAAAACAUGAUAGUCCCCACCGAUGCCCCCAUCAUGAUGAGCACUAAGCAGGUGGUUACCGAGCCACCUGCAAAACCAACGACCAUACCCCCUUCUGAUCUCAUGCGGGGCCGGCUGCCGAAGACGGUCCUGCCGCGACGCUACGAAGUUAACCUGCGCCCCUUCCUCUAUGACGAUGAUGUGGUCGACUCCAAGCUGGGUGAGAGGUUCACCUUCGAUGGAUGGGUUCGGAUUAAAGUCGAAUGCAUCGAGCCAACGAAUGAGAUUACCCUACACUCUAAGAAUAUCACAGUCCAUGGUAUUCCUACCGUCGUUAGUGUCAGCACCUUAGACAAGAUGGAUCUCUUCGAGAGCUAUAAGAUGGUGGACGAGUAUGCAUUCAUGAUUCUCAAGUUGAAAAAAAUGCUGAUGCCUCAUCAGGAAUAUGACAUCUACAUGCAGUAUUCUGGAAUCCUCGGUGACGACGAGGCAGGGUUCUACCCUAGCAAGUACUUGGAUGAAUUCAAUAAUACAAGAUACAUCGCGACUACUCAGAUGGAAGGCCCGUUUGCACGACGCGUACUGCCAUGUUUCGAUGAGCCCUCCUUCAAAGCGUCUUACGACGUUCAGCUAGAGCACCGUCACGAUAUGCAGGCGCUCGCGAACGGCAUUGCUACGAGAAAACUCCGACUGGACGGACAUUGGUCCAGGACGUAUUUUAAACGAGUUCCCUCCAUGCCGACCUACCUUCUGGCUUUUAUAGUGCAUGAUUUCUCUUCCAUCAAUGUGACAAACGCCAAUGGGUGUUUGAUUCGCAUAUGGUGUCAGUCGGAUCUUAUUCACCUUGCUCCCUACGCUCUCAACGUCUCGGAUAAGGUCCAAACAUUUUUCGACGAUUAUCUCGAUAACGAAUACCCACUGGCGAAACAAGAUCACAUAGCAAUUCAAGAAUUUGGUGCAGGUGCAAUGGAAAAUUGGGGCCUUAUCACCUAUCAAGACAUAUACCUUCUGUACGGAAUGGAGGAUUUCGGAAACAACAUGUUCUAUUCUGAGAUCAUUACUCACGAACUGGCUCAUAUGUGGUUCGGAAACUUGGUGACCCUGGAGUGGUGGGAUGACCUUUGGCUUAACGAAGGCUUCGCUACUUACAUGGAACACAUUGGAGUCAACUAUGUACACCCUGAAUUUAAAAAGUUUCAAACCUUCUACCUCGACAAUAGCAACGUAGCUUUACAUUAUGACAGUUUUGGUACCUUUCCCGCUUUGAGAGCGCCAGUCUACGCUGAUGAUGAGGACAUUGACUAUCAGUUCAACAGUAUUACGUACCAGAAGGGUGGAUCAAUUCUGUGGAUGAUGGAGCACUUCCUGACAAUCGAGGUUUUCAACCAGGGCGUAAAAAACUACCUGAAGGAACGUGCUUAUAAAAAUGUCAACGCGGAACAACUUUGGCACGAACUCACUUACGCUGACAAAGAAGUCGGCAAACACGACGUGAAGAAGAUUAUGGAUACUUGGACUCUUCAACGAGGUUAUCCCUUAAUAACUCUGACCAGAACAGGGAAUAGCAUGGUGGCAACGCAGAAAGUAUUCCUGCAAUUUAACAGAACUAUCGAAGAUGAUGGAUUUGGAGACCUCGGGUAUAAGUGGUACGUUCCUCUCACCUGUGUUUAUAAGUCGGGGCCUGCGGACCAAUACGAGAAACCUCAGCAAGUGUGGAUGGAACCAUCGGACGAUUAUACAUACUUUGACCUGCCAGAUGAUGCCAAAUCAGAUGAUUGGUACCUGGCUAAUGCUAUGAUGACUGGUUUCUAUCGCGUCAACUAUGAUGAUGACAACUGGCAAAGACUAAUGGAUCAGGCCGAAAUGGACCCAAAUGUCUUCAGUGAGGAAAACAAAGUGGGAUUGAUCUACGAUUCAUUCAUCUUGGCCCUGGUCGAAGUUGUACCAAUUUCAUACUACAACAGCUUCUUAAGCAGCUUCACUAACAACUCCCGUAGAGCUCGGAGGGCUGCAGUCUCGACGUCUUCCUACUUUGUCAAGAUGCUGGACACCAGGGGUGCCAUCAAAAAGCGAUCUGCCCCUCUAGCGCAGACUUACAUGCUACAACUGAUAGAACCGAUGUAUGUUGAAUCGGGAUGGGAUGAGAAUUUCGUGCUAGAUUUCUUGCCUGCAGGUAUUCGACAUGAAAAAAGUGACCGAUUUGACGUAACAUCGACAGCAUGCCGCUAUGGCAAUCAACACUGUGUAACCAAAGCAACCAGCAUGUUCAAGGAAUAUAUGAGUAACCCGAUAAAUAAUGCAAUUCCAGAAAAUCUCAGAACAUGCGUGUACUGCAAUGGAAUCCGUUUCGGAAAAAAGCUGGAGUGGAACUUUGCUUAUGACAUGCUGCGGACGACUGAUGAUCGACGGGAAAGAACAAGAUGGGUUCGCGCCCUCACUUGCUCUGCCGAUACUUCACUCCUUCAAAGUUAUCUACAGUCGAUGAUGGAUUCAAACACAUUUAGUCGGAGGGAUGUUGAGAUUAUCUUGAUGGGCGUGGCUGAGAAUCCAGAUGGAUAUGAGGUAGCAUGGGACUUUCUUCGCAACAACUGGGGAACAGUCAGUAAGAUGUUCAAACGAAAGCGUCAAUCAUUGUGUGACAUCUUUGAAGAGAUAACAUCAUUUUUCAACACAGAAGAACAGCUUGAAGAGCUGCUGGAAUUCAGUAAGGGUCGUAAUCUGGGUGCUCUGAAGUACACAUACGAGUCAGCCAUAACCACUACCCAGGUUAACAUCAGGUGGAUGGAACACAGUGCUUUUGAGACAGAGGAGGCGCUUCGUCGUCGUGUCCUUUAAACAGAAAUCCUCGACGCCAAAAACAUGCACUACACAAACUUAGAGGACUUCGGUAGAUGCACGUUUUGGUUUAUUUAGCAAAGCUGCAAAAAGGGUCUUUUAUAAUGGACACGUCUUCCAAUUAAAGCACAACCUAAAAUUAGACAGUAUGGUAUACAUAAAAAGGCGACAAGGUGGAAAUCGCAUCUUUUAAACAUUACACCGAUGAAAUUCACAAAAUUAAUGCAGCUGUUCGCUACACGUAAUUCACAAUGCAUGCCAUUAAAACACGUUUACCAGCAAUGAAUAUUAAUUGGCACGUGGUCAGUGGAUUAAUGAAAGCUGUAAAUCCGCUUAAUUGUAAAAGCUCAGCUGGCUUCAUAAGAUCGUGGUCCUGCUGCUUGAACACAAAAAUUAAUGCACAGUACUGAUUGCUUAUGAAGCUUUCCAUUAUUUUAGCAUAAAUAUGUCAAAAUUUAUUUACCAGUAUAUGGUAAAAUGUACUUUGUGUUCUCCACAAUUUUGCGAGAAAGACUGUAAUAUCACUCAUCUAAAUAAGCGUAUUGAUUCAAAUAAUCCAUUUUUAAGGUAAAUUUAUUAGUUCUUUUUAUACUAGCUUACUGGAAUACAACUUAUAGAAUCCAUGUUAGUUUACCAAUACGGGCGGAUCUAGGGCGGGGUCAGCUGGAAGUAUUCCCCAGACUGCCCCCCCCGCCCUGGUCGUAUUUGAAAUUUAAUGAAAGCGAAUUCUUUUGGACUUUUCAAUCUCCCUUCCUUUGAAAAGCGUGUAAAAAGCCCGAAAAAUAUGUAGCCUUACCCUUCAGAAAGGCCAUUAAAAGUUAGAGGGAAAAAAUCCAAAUUUUGUGGACCCCAAACAAGUUUGCCACCCGAAAAUUGGAUUUUGGAUUCGCCCUUGAUAGGAAGCAGUUGUUCUUUCCCUUCUUUGUAGAUUUGUUUGUGUAAUUUUCUUUCCACUUGUAAUCACGUGUUUCUUGGUUCGAUGGGAUCUGUCUAUUCAAAAGUGUAGCACGGAGAAAGUCGGAUAUUAGUCCUAGCUCCUCUUUCAUAAUUAUGCCGACUUUUGUCGAGGUAAUGUUCAGGAACGAGAUUUUAUGUCUUUCAAAUGAAUUUGGCGGGAAAGGACAUCUUUCAUCUGGGACCCUUCAACCCCAAAUCAAUCAAAUCAAAGGAUAUAGUAGAGGGAUUGCAUGGUGCCAAAAAUUGGGUGGAUUGGCAUUUUGUGGAGAAAGAGGCGACUUGCCCGGCCUGGAAGUUUGAAAGGGGGGCGCUGACUCGUAGGACACUAUAUAGGGGGGUGAUGCAGAUAAACGUCUGUAACAUGUAUCACAUUCAUGCAGAAUCUUACAUCAGAACGGCAUGCUUAUGUAUUUUUAAUUGGUUUCCCUUAUGAGUGAUAUUGAACACAUUUUAGUCGUUCGAAAGUCCAAAAUAUUCUUCAGAAUAAGCUUUAACCUUUGCCUACCACAAAAACGUGGGGGAGCUAAAGCUAACCCCAACUACAAACUUCGAGAAGAAAGAAGGUGUAGGCUUACUAACAACACAAACGACGAGUUAAAUUGUACCUCGUAUGGCAACCCAGAAUAAUUUGGCUAUUAACGUGUUUGGGUAACGUGUUUUCCCUAUUUACUUGUCUAAAAAGACGUCUGAAAACUUUUUAGCGGUAGAAGCCAUAAAAUUUACUUUUUUUAGCAGCGAAAAAACCACUCACUGUUGUUGGAUCGAAGAUUUUUCUCGACUUUUAUAUACCGUCAAUAGUCACCGCGAUAAAAAGAUUCAUAUCGUUGUCUUUCUCCUUUUCGAAACAAAAAAGGUUGGACGCACACAAGCAUUGUCAAGGUAUAGACAGCGUUCCUUUGAAACUGGUACUUCCUGACAAAGACAAUUGACCUUUAAGUUUAUGAACUACAAACACAAACAAGACGCAGCUUUGCGAUUUACGCUGAUGUUGAAUCUUCCCUAGCCCCCCCCCC